UGGUUGCAGCCCCGCACCUCCCGCCCUCCGCAGCUCCUCUGGCGUGCCGGAGCCCGCUGCGCUUUGCCACCUCUUCGGAGAAGGCAGCAGGAGAUCAUUGACCUGACGUGUGAGGACACAAACACAGAUGUGACACUGUUGAGCAGCCUCACCAUCAUCGACCUGACUGAGGACAUGUGCAGCCCUCUCCACUCCACCCUCGGUGCUGCCCAGAACCCCAGAAACAUUACCCCAGCAGCACACACGUCCAAUCCCCAGCUCUGCCUUGCCACAGAAAAAAAAAUGCAGGCAGUGGCAGAGCCAAGCCCUGCACCAGCAUACCACAGCACUCCUGUGAAGCUCAGUUCCACCAUGGGCACAGCAGAAAUCAUGGAGAACUGCAACUGCCUUUCUCCUGUCUCUAGGCACCACAGCUGGAGCUCAGAGCUGGAUUACAGCACUACAACCUUUAACAGCGACUUGGACUCGCAGUCAGACUCAGGCUGCCUGUCCCCAUCUCCCCCCAGCCUGGAGAGCAACAGCAGCUGGAGAGCUGAUGACCCAGAGGAAGAUCCUCCACAGCCCUGCCAGGAAAGGAACCUCCCUCCAAGGCUUAGCCCUGCCCCAACUAUUCCUUCAACACCAGGAAAGGCCCAAAGGUCUUUGCCAGCAGCAAGUGACCUCCCACCACACCAACCAAUCCAGGAAGCCACCCCAGCCAGGACUGACGCUGACAGCAAGGCCUGGCUGGACAAACUGCACAAUUUCAGAAGGAGUGGAGUCCAGCACCUCUUCCUCCAAGGAAUAGCACCUAACAGGGAAACACAUCAGCAGAAACAUGAGUUCAUCUCCAGCGGGAAGCUGAGCAUGGUGCACACCACCAUGGAAGAGAACAUCCUGGAGGGUACCUUGUAUUUCCUGAAUGAGUUUGUCUCCUGCCAGCACCGUCCCCCCAAAGAAAUCAUCUCCCACCUGAUCAAACAGAUGCUGUUGGAGAACCAGGAAGAGGAGAGCCUGAAUGACAUCUACACACUGCUGAUGAAGAUCCAAAUGCUCCAUCCAGCCAACAUCGCCACAGUGGGAUGGGACUGGACUCUGGUGCAAUUCAUCAUGGAGGACCAGGAAAAGCCCCCUGGCCGGCUCCUCUUCCUGCAGUACGUGGUACAGACCCUAGAGGACGACUUCCAGUACAAUCUGAAGUUACAGCAGCUCCAGAUGUCAAUUGCCAAGAAAGUGCUUUCAUGUGACUUGUGCUUCAACAAUGUCAAGGAAGUGGUCAAGUGGUUGGUGGCAGCAGUUACAGGAGUCGGGUUCUCCCAGCCCCGGGAGCAGCUGCAAGAAGCCAGGGCUGAACACAGCUCAUCUUCACCAAGGCUGACCAGCACUCAGACAGCUCAGACAGACCAGGCUCAGACAGCUUUCUUUGCCCAAAAGGCGAUGCUCCUGCUCCAGCAGAUGUUGUCCAUGGCAGUGGAAGUGGACAGAUCUCCCACCUGCAGCUCCCGUAAGAUCGCAGAUGACAUAUUCCCAUUCAUACUGAAUAUCCCCCUGAGGAGCCAAAGGGAAGCUUUAUUAAACACCAUGGAGAGCCAGCUCCUGCGCUGCAGACUGCUAGAGCUGUUAUUCCAGCACAGUUGUGAUGUGCCCACAGCCUCAUCCAUGUCUCUGGACAAGAUCCUGUAUUUCCUGAGCCACUCCUAUCUGCUGCCACAAUUCCAGGAUGAAACAGCAACAUGGCAAAGGUGGGAUGAGAUGCUGCAGUACUUGAGUUUGCUGCUGCUGAGUUACCAAAGUGUAAAACUGGCAUUUCCUCUUGCAGAGCACCUGCGGAGUUCUAUCAGUGACCGGAUGGGUUUGAUCGCUCAGAAGGCCAAGCCCAGGCUCCAGGACAGUGAUGACAUCAGCCAGCUGGACAUUCAGCUGAAGAUGAACGACUUCAUCAGCAGAAUGCAGGAGACCCUGGGGCAGCCUUUUCCCCCACAGAUCCAGGAGAAAUUGUUCAUGCUGCAGGAACUGUUCUGCAUUGUCACUGCUGCCUGAUGGAGACAACCACUGCAGCAAGGAGGACAGAAGUUCAUGUUCUCAAUAUAAAACCCCCCACCUCAGGCUGCAAUCUCAGCAUCAUGGGGGUUGCUUUAUACAGUUCUUUUGAAAUAUGUUUGGUUUACAUUGUCUUAGAAUUUCUGUUUAAGUUUACCUUGUGCAGUUUUACAAAGCACUUUGUACAGUUUAAAAAAAUAUAUUCCUUUCAUGUUUGCUAAGAAUCUUUUGUCUUGGUGCUAGCACUGCCCUAAGCAAGUCCAGAGCUCUGUCAGAUCACACAAGGCCAUGCUUUAACCCCAGCCUUCCCACACUGUGAGAUUCACCUGUGUAAUCAGGACCACAGCAGCAGCCUGUACCUCAGUGCCUGAAUCUGUUCCACGACUUUUAGCUCUGCUUACACUCCAGGAGCACAGGGAACACCAGCAUUCAGAGAUCAGCCCAGUAAAUCAUGUGCUCCAGCAGCAGUACUUUAAAGGGCAGCUAAAAACACUACAACAGCACCAAACCAUGACUUUCCAGAGGGGAACUGGACACCUCUAGGGAAACAUCAGCCUAGUUCCCACACCUCCACAGUAUAGGUGGAAACACAGCAGACAAGCAACGAGAGACAAAAUCUCAGGAACAUGAUUGCUCAAGAAAACACAAAGACUUCAUGUUUAGUUUUAUCUGUACAAGCCCUAAGACACAACUGAGCCUAGCUGUUAACCCAGUCUCCCUGUGAAAGGGCAGUUUGUGGGCAAAUAUUUCACCCUAGUGAGGUGCUGCCAGGGCCUUAUCCACCAGAGCAUUGACCCCACACUCACUGGACAGUCCCACAUUUCUCCCACAGAUGCUCUGUCAACACCAACACACACUGUGGACCUCCAUUCCACAAGGAUUUUAUUGUUCUGUAACAAAAACAAACAUACAUAUUAGGAGAUGUGAACACAGUCAACAAAUAAAUUAAUGUCAAAUAAGAGCCUGAUUGCCAAGGUGCAAAUGAGUGGUGACAGAACUGCUGGUUUGCGUAGGGGACUUCCACACAUCACUGGCAGUGCUGCUGAAGCUUGAGAAAGCAGUGCUACAAAAUGUGCUGCUUCAGAGGGGCCAGCAGCCAGCCAAGGGAGCCAACCCUGUCUCACCCUCCAGGAAGUGUUUGGUUUAAGAAGGCAGAAACCCUGGAGCUCAACACUUACCACCUGUUAAGUAACCUCUGUAUAAUGCAACAGAGAAGCUUCCAGACACAAGGCUGCUGCUGGCUGAGGGACUCUGCUACACAAUCGUGAGAUCAAGAGAAGACCUGAGGAGACCCAUUUGCCACAGCAGAGGUGAGGAUUACAGAGCAAUGCUGCCUAUCAUGCUUAAGGGAUUAGAUGGUAGCCAGGAGUUCCUUCCACUUUUCCUGAAAGCCAGUGUUAGCUGUUCCCAGGAACUGGUUCAGACUAGGUCAAGGAUCACAUUCAGCUGUACCUUAGCAGGGAGGAAUGUUUAGCCUUGAUCUGCCUUCAGUCCACCCCCAGCCCUGCAGAACACAUUUAAUGCUGAUAAAAUACCCUGUCUGAGAAGUGUUUCCAGUCUCUAAUACAUUCUGCACGAUUCUAGGGAAAAAAAAAA